GAUUCUUCUUCUCUCUCUAUAAUAACACACAUCAAAGAAAAACAUACAAAUCUAAAUAAUUAAUAAUGCUAUCGUUAAACAAAUCCGACGACGUUUCUCCGCCACCUCUUUCAUCAAACUGUCUCCCAGUCACUCUUCAGUUCAUAGACGUUACAUACAAAAUCAAACUCGAUGAAUCAACAACAGUCCAAUCAUGUCUCAUAUCCUCCGGCACCGGAUCGUCGCCGGCGACAACAACAGAAAAAACAAUCUUAAACGGCGUGACAGGAAUGGUAAACCCAGGUCAAAUUCUAGCCAUAUUAGGUCCAUCAGGAAGUGGUAAAUCAACUUUACUAAACGCCUUAGCCGGUAGACUAAACGGUAACUCCUUAACCGGAUCAAUCCUAAUCAACGGUCAAAAACCAUCCAAACAUACCCUCCGCCGCACCGGAUUCGUCCCUCAAGACGACAUACUUUUCCCACAUCUAACCGUUAAAGAAACCCUAGUCUUCACUUCACUCCUCCGUCUACCAACUCACCUAUCAAAAACAGACAAAAUCCUAACGGCAGAAACGGUCAUGUCGGAGUUGGGUUUGUCUAAAUGCGAGAACACAAUAAUAGGGAACGCAUUCGUUAGAGGGAUUUCAGGCGGUGAAAGGAAAAGAGUAAGUAUUGGACAGGAAAUGAUUGUGAAUCCUGGUUUGUUAUUAUUAGAUGAACCGACAUCGGGAUUGGAUUCUACGGCGGCGUAUAGGUUAGUGUCGGCGUUGGCAAAGGCGGCGGUUAACGGAAAAGGUAGGUCGGUUGUAAUGUCGGUUCAUCAACCGUCGAGUAGGGUUUAUCAGAUGUUCGAAAUGGUAAUGGUUAUUUGUGAAGGAAGGUGUAUUUAUUUUGGAAAAGGAAAUGAAGCUAUGGGUUAUUUCGAUUCAUUGGGAUUCUCGCCGUCUUUUCCUAUGAAUCCCGCCGACUUCUUACUUGAUCUUGCUAACGAUGUGUGGUUUCACGAUGGCGCAAAUGCAACCGAAAGAGACAAACUCAUAAACGUAAAACAUUCUCUCGUAGCGAAAUACAACACUCUUCUAGGUCCUAAAGUUAGAGCCGCAUGCCUUGAGAACAAACUAACGACACUUAGUCGGUCUAUGACUAUUUCAAGAUCAUCCAACAAAACAAACUUCAUAGACGACGUUUUCACUUGGUUUAACCAAUUCAACAUCCUCUUAAGGCGUAGCCUCAAAGAACGUAAACAUGAAGCCUUCAACUCCCUAAGAGUCUUCCAAGUUCUCGCAGCCUCAUUCCUAGCCGGUUUCAUGUGGUGGCACUCCGACUCGAAAGACAUUCAAGACCGGUUAGGUCUCCUCUUCUUCAUUUCAAUCUUUUGGGGAGUCCUUCCAUCAUUCAACGCUGUUUUCGCUUUCCCACAAGAACGUGCCAUCUAUUUGAAGGAACGAGCCUCGGGAAUGUACACGCUCUCGCCUUACUUCAUGGCACGUAUAGUUGGUGACCUACCGAUGGAACUAAUUCUCCCAACAAUAUUCAUUUCCAUAACUUAUUGGAUGGCCGGUUUAAAGGCUGAUUUGGUUGCUUUCGUUUUGACAUGGCUUGUUUUACUCGGGUAUGUGCUUGUUUCUCAAGGUUUAGGAUUAGCUCUCGGGGCAAUGAUAAUGGACGCUAAACAAGCAUCGACAAUUGUGACUGUUACUAUGCUCGCAUUUGUAGUGACGGGAGGUUUCUACGUGCAUAAGGUGCCGGCUUGUUUGAGUUGGAUGAAGUAUGUUUCAACUACAUUUUAUUGCUAUAGACUUCUUGUUAAUAUUCAAUAUGAAGAGGGGAAGGGGAUUUCAUCGUUAUUGGCUUGUACGCGAUAUGGGACCGAUAUGGCUAGUUGUAAGUUUAUCGAGGAAGAUGUGCGUGGCCAAAUUCCCCAUUCGGUUAGUGUAAUCGCACUUCUCGUUAUGUUCGUUGGCUAUAGGUUGAUAGCGUAUGUCGCAUUGAGGCGAAUCAAAGCUUAAUGAUCGAUUGGUUUGGAGGUUCAUGGUUUCAUUGAUGGUUGAUGGAGAUAAUUGACUAACUGAUUUGGUUUGAUCAAUGGGGAUAUGAAAAAUAAUGAUAUAAGUAUUUGCAGACGAAAUUAAUAUAAUUGUCUGCUAUUUAUAUGGAAAUGUAAAUGAACAAAUUAAGUUUAUAUAUUAUGAUAUUGAUCAAUCAAACGAUUGAAAUAAGCAUAUCCAUUAAUUAAUGCUAAUAAUGCUAAUCUUUAAAUAGUUAAUACUACUUUUGAGUUUUGAUAGUUUGAUAUAUUCAGAUUU